GCCAUAGCGAGUACCCAAGCAGAACCCGGAAGCUCGCCAGCAACUCGAUCUGAUGUGGACAGGAUCGAUCAGGGCAUUAAUUUCCACCUUUAAUCGGCAUAAUAUCAUUCAUCAUUAAAUUAAAACAAUGAGUCAACAACAGUACCACUGGGAGGCUUUAAGGAAGCAACGUGUCAUCGACAGACAAUUAGCAGCUAAGAAUAAAUUUGCUGAUGAAGAGAGGAGAAUGGCUGAAACGUGCUCUGAGGACAUGGCCAGGGAACAGCUAGAGAGUAGACAGAUGGAUCACGAGAGAAGACGUCAACUCGCCGAUCAGAUCCAGAAACGAGAUCGACAAGGAAUCCACAACACCUACAGAGAUAGAGAACAAACAAUCCAGAGGCUGGUUAGCGAGAGAACAUGGCACGAUGACCUCAUCGCGAAGAUGGACCAGAAGGAAAAAGACGACAUGCUCAAGGAUCUUCUCCGGGACCACGCCCAAAAGUCUAAGAUUCUCAGGGAUCGAGGCUUGUAUCGAGGGGAUGCCAAGUUCUUCAUCGAUCCCCAGUAUAACUGAUUAUUUAGCCAUCAUUCUUUUCUUCAUCUCUCGGCUCGGUGCCGUCUUUGGUCCUGGAUGCAGGGAUCCAUCCAUGGGGAGUGUUUCAUGAGAAAAUAGUUCAGUGAUUUUCACUGAUUACUUUGCUCUAAGCCAAUCAAUUUCGAGGAUUUUCAGUGACUUUUAACAAUAGUCAAUGAAGACCACUGACUGAAUUAUUUCAUGAAAUGCUCCCAAACACUUAACUAUUCUAGUUGUAGCCUUACGACUGAUUGUAUGGUCAACUUUCAUGAUUGAUUUUAUUUUGUGGUCAAUACAAUCAAUCGUAAAACCUUGAUCUACAAUCAAUUACUGAGCUUUGUUUAAUGGGUCCCUGGUCUUGGAUCACUGGUCAUUAAGAGUUCCCUGGUUGCUAUAGCGAUUUAACCUUGUUCCAGUGAAAAUGUGGCAAAAACCAAUUCAAGUUAUUGUCUGUAUAAUUUCUGUAGAGAUGUGUACAAAUCUCUAUAGAAACCAGUGUUAUCCAUUUGCUUAAUUAUAGGCUCUUUCUGAAGAGAAACGAUGGAAAACAUUCAAUGUCUGCAUUAUGAUUACUUGUAUGUGUGGCUUCUUAUAUUCAAGUUUCAGUAUUUGGAAAGCACUAAAUGGAGCACUGCUUUGUAUGGUAUUCUGAAAACAAAUGUGUUAACUGUUCAUGAGUGGUGUUUGAUAAACAAGCUGGAAUCCUCAUUUCAAAGAUGUAUUAGAUCGAAGGCCUGGAGCCCUUCUUACGAAGAGUUGUGAUUGAUCUGAUCAAUCGCAACUAUGGAAAGCCAGCAAAGUCAACAUAUUAAAUGCUGUUUGUUUUAAAAUUUUCUAGAUAUGAGUGUAUAUCCAUAAAGUCAUUGAUUUCUUGACAAGUUUGUGUGAUUUCCUUUGUUUACAAAAGACAUUUUGCAAAUUUCCUGUAGAAAAAAUUAUGACACUGAUGGAUUUCCAUAGAGUUACGAUUGAUUGGAUCAAUCAUAACUCUUUGUAAGACAGGGCCCUGGUCUGUCAUCUGAAGGCCGGGGGAAUAUAUACUCACGAAGGGUGAAGACUCUACAUUAUAAGAUCCAAAACCACUUUGAUCGGACUGGAACAUAUCCCAAGUCAAAUGAUAGGAUUAUCUAGAAUAAUCUACAUAAACACCAUUGAAUGGUUAAAAGUAGAAAUGUUUUCAGAAUGUCAUCCCAAGAUUCAUUGCUCCGUUAUAUUACACAUUUCACCACCAUACAAAUAGUGGUAACUGUAGUGGUACGUAUCUCGAUAUAUAGUAUGAAAGAGCUUAGUUUGAAAAAAAAGGGAAAUAAAAUAUUUUUUACCUUUGAAGUUUUUAGGGAGCAAAUGACCUUUCACAAUUCAUCUUAUGUACACCUACUCUCUUUGUUCCCGUACAUUUUUAAACCCAUAUUUAUGAAAAAAAUUAAAAAGCAGAGAACCUUUUUUUCUAGCAUCGAAUAACACAUCAGUGAUAGAAAUGAUUACCGGGUAUAUUUUAAAUUUAUGAUUUUUUGUGGUUUUAUUUAAUGUUUUAAUCCUAUGUUUUAUGAAUAUAUAAUUAUUGUUGCUAUGUAAGUGUUCAUUUUUGUGCUAAUAUCUAUUCUCCGUCCAGUAUUUUCAUUCAGCUUUGUGAAAAUUAUUUCAAGUGUAUUGGGAUGAUUCUGUUACAACUAAUAUUGAUUUCACUGUAUUGAGAUAGAAUCAGUUUUAUGUGGUUCGAUUGGUCCAAAUUACUAAAAUUUUAGGCAUAACAGUAAAUCAAAUCACCCCAAUGCCAUUGAAAGUUUAAAUAAUAUAUUUAUGUAUUUUUAUCUAUGCAAUUUUUCUGUGCACAACUGACUUAGCGUAAAUAUAUUUAAGUGAGCACCUAUAAUGCUAUGCAUGCAUGCCUAUCAAAAUGGUAGGCCCCCAUUUGUUCUCCAGUUAUUUGUAUAAUUCUGAUUGAGAUUAGAUUUAAUUGUUUAGUUUCAGAACAUUGUAUAAACAAAGGAAAAUUUUCAAUGUACAAACAUGAUGCAUCAAAUAAAUAUUGAUUAUUAUAUUGAAUAUUGCUAAAACUAUAUUCCUUGAAUUUUUCAAACCUGAUCAGCUAAGAAUAUUUUAAAUUUAGUAAAAUAGAAAUAUGAGAUGAAUAAACAAUUCAAGAUCAACAAUUAGAGUCAGCUUCCCCAAAUUGUGAUGAAUAUCAAUUAGAAUGAUGUAAUUAUCAAAAAGGAAUGUAAUAAACUCCAAAAUGUUACAGAUAUUUUUUUCACUUAGCAUUAAAAGAGUAAGUAUUA